GUGCGAGAAAGGAGGAAAAUAAAAUAAUAACAUGAAAGAAAUCGCGAUUAUCGCAGGAGGAGGAACUUUACACAAAAAAAGCAAAUUAUAUCAGUUAACACCGUAUAUGAAAAACGAAUAUUUAUGUGUAGGAGGUCGAACAAAUUAUUCCACAGACUUACCUGAUACAGCAAAAAGCCCAUUAAUUUUUGAUAGCCGUCAUUUUGCCGUGAAAUUAUUGAUUCUACAUUAUCAUGUGAUAAUAGGACACCAAGGUGUAGAAGUGAUCCUCAAUGAGCUUCGUCAAAGAUUUUGGAUACUACAAGCAAGGAAGGCAAUAAAAAGAGCGAUGAGAUAUUGUCCAAUUUGCAGCCUGUGGAGAGCGAUUCCCAGAGUUACACAAAUGGGACAGUUGCCUGAUUUCAGGUUGAAGAAACCACAACCACAAAGAGCCUUUGUGUACACAGGUAUAGAUUUUUUCGGACAUUUUGAAGUAACUAUUGGUAGGCGAAGGGAAAAAAGGUAUGGUGUACUAUUUACCUGUAUGUCAGUAAGAGCUAUACACAUUGAGAUUGCUGAGACACUAAACACUGAUUCAACUCUUCUGGCGAUAAAACGUUUCAUGUCGAAGAGAGGAAAACCGCAGAUGUUUCUUACAGACAAUGGAACGAAUUUUCACGCUGCAGAGAAGGAACUUAAAAAAGCUUAUGAAGAUGUGAAUUUGGAAGUAAUAAGACAAGGUUUAUGCGCUGAAAGUAUAGAGUGGAAGUUUAUACCUCCAGGUAGUCCACAUAUGGGAGGAGCAUGGGAGAGGAUGGUUCGAUCUGUGAAAACCACUUUAAGUAUAAUUCUUAAGGAUAGAUCACCACGACAAGAAGUUUUUCACACAGUUAUGAUAGAAGCUGAACACAUAGUGAAUAGCCGCCCUCUCACCUACAUAUCUUCAUCUCCGGAAGACGAAGAAAGCCUUACUCCCAAUCAUUUUCUAAUUGGGACUUCUAGUAUUUUGAAACCACCUGGACUUUUCGAUGGAACAAAAUGGAACGUGAGAAAACAGUGGCUCAUAGCUGAAAAUUUAAACGAACAUUUUUGGAACAGGUGGGUCAAGGAAUACAUACCUACCUUGACAAAACGCACGAAAUGGUUCGAACAGAAUCAAAAUUUGAAAGAAGGUGAUAGUUUUGAUGGAUAG